AUGUGUCCUGAUACCUGUGUUGCAUUCACUGGUCCAUUUGCAAAUCUCACACAUUGUCCUAUCUGCCAUACAGAACACUAUGAUCCUAUCAAACUUUGUACCAGUGGUGGACAGAUGUAUGUCGCACGUCAGAAGUUCGUCACCAUUCCCCUUGGUGCACAACUACAAGCUCUAUGGCGUGACCUGGGCCAAGCUCAAGAGAUGAGCUACCUCCAAGAAGAAACACAAUGCUUGCUCGCCAAACUACAAACCAAUGGUGGCGUCAUUGAUGUGUUCGAUGACUUUUUCAAGGGCUGUGAAUAUAUACAGGCUGUUCAAUGGGGUGACAUUAAACCUGAUGAUGUUGUUCUUAUGAUCUCACUCAAUGGCGCACAGCUCUAUGAGAGCAAAGGUUUCAUUCCAGGACCCAACAAGCUGAAAAAUGUCAACUCUUUCCUAUUCCCUGGGAUGCACCAUCUAGCCGCCUUACAAAACGAAGGUCUUCACAUCUGGGAUGCAUGGCAUGACAUCAUGUUCAUUUCGCACCCAUUUCUCAUCUUCAUCACUGCCAAUGGACCUGGCUUAGUCUCAACUGAGAGAUAUGCAAAAUGA